AUGGCCAAGCGAAGUAGUCAAACGAACGCGCGUGCAGGCGCAGGCGCCUCAGCAUGCAAGCACUAUGCAAGCGGCACGCAGUCGAUCCGAGCGGCGGUCGAAAAGAAGAAAAAAAAAAUCUGGGGAAAAAUGCGGGGAAGUGCUGAAGUGCCUAAAGGCUGCGCUGACCCUACUCCGGGCUCUACUGCCCGGACGACGCUCUCCGUUGCUCGACCGCGUUCUGCGCGACUGCUGCCGCGCAAGCUGCUGCUUGCCCUCAGCCGCGCGUGUCUCAACCCUUUGGCAUCAAUCUCACAACCGCCACAUGCGGAGAAGAAGCAGCGCGCCGGCCACGCGUCUGCACGCCUCAAGUUGGUCGAACGCAGAAGGCGGAAAAGUGCUGCGACCGACCGGGAAUACAAUUUACGAAGUCAAAGAAUAAUCACGAAUGCAGCAACGAUCAAAAGCGAUUUGCAAACGGCCGCUGCAACCGCGUGGUCGCUCGUCGUCGCUGUGACUUUUCUGCUGCUCUUGCCGCACGCACGGAUCGCGUGUACUGUACUAGUCACGAGUCCGCCUGCAUCGAGCGUGCUGGGUAAAGUCGAGCGCAUGCGCGCACUGUCGAGAGUCUCUCUGGGCCCCUGCUUCCCUUCGCGUGGACGACUGAAACUACUCUCAGACUGUCACUCGGUCCAGCUGGGCAGUCGCAACGCUGAAACGACUCACCUGGCUAGUCGAGUUGAUGCUCUUCUUCAGACCUUCUGGCACGCGCCUGCAUUUGCGCUUUUGAUUGACGUCUCUCUGCUGCAUCGAGCGACGCUGCCGUCAUACGUGGUUCAGCAAAUUAAAAGCCGCCGGCGAGCUACUGCACGCCAGGCCAAGUCCGGUCAAGUGACGAUCGGAUCCAUCAUGCUGGGUAGCAAGUGCAUCAGACCACUCAUCAAGCGUCUUGCGUUGCGUGAUACAUGA